GGCGCGAGGGGGAGGGGGAAGCAGCGGCAGCGCCGACACCGCGAGCGGCCGAGGGACCGGGCACCGGCGGAAAUCGUGCUGAAGAAUGGAUUUAGUUCACGUCUUAUUGCCAUCAAGCAGCACAAUGCAAGCAUCAAAUUUUGCACACGUGAUCUUUCAAAAUGUGGCAAAAAGUUACAUCCCUCACGCUCCUCUUGAGUGCCACUAUAUUCUGACUCCUUGCAUCAAACCACACCACAAGGACUGGGUUGGAAUUUUUAAGGUUGGCUGGAGCACUGCUCGUGAUUAUUAUACGUUUCUGUGGUCUCAGGUACCUGAAAAUUAUGCAGAAGGAACUUCAGUUAAUCGUAUGGUUGUUUUUCAAGGCUACUAUCUUCCAAAUGACGAUGGAGAAUUUUAUCAGUUCUGCUAUGUGACACACAAGGGAGAAAUCCGGGGAGCAAGCACACCAUUUCAGUUCCGUGCUCCAUCUCCUACAGAUGACCUUCUUACCAUGGAAGAUGAUGCAAACUUGGACAUGCUGGUGGUGACGACAAAAACUAGUCUUCUUGAGAGAAAGAUUGAAAUGCUGCUGAAAGAAAAGGAAGAGCUGAUGAACGUCAAAUCUGGACUUGAACAGGAAACUACCCAAUUAUGUGGAUGCCUUGAGAAACUUGAAAAGGAAAUUUUUCAAGAGAAGGAAAUGUGUGAGCAAAUCAAAAAGGAAUACAAGGAUCUCUUCCAGAAUUCAGAAGCAAUGGAAAUCCAGAAAGAAGACAUUGAGAAAAAGUAUGAGGAAGCUGUGGCAAAAAUUAUUCAACUUGAAAAAGACAUAGUGUUUGCCAAUCAAAAUGCCAUUGGAAAGGAAACUGAAUUGGACAGCAUAAAGCACAAACUGAGGAAACUAACUGCUGAAAAAGAACAAUUAGAAUUGCAACUAAAGAAUGAAAAGGAUGAGAAAGAGCUUUAUAAGAUUCACGCAAAGAAUACGGAGAUUGAAAACACAAAGCUACUUAAGGAGAACCAUUCUUUAAAAAAUCUAGAUGCAGGUAAAGAGUGUAUGCUAACCCAUUACAAGGAAGAGAUGGGAAGGCUGCAGCAGUGUCUAUCAGAAAAAGACAAGCUACAGAAGGAACUGUUACUUAACUCUUCUAACAUGGAGGAUGUAGCUAUUCUCAAAGAACAUCUCCGCAGGGCUGAAGAGCAAUUGCAAGCAAGUGAACAGAAAGUUACCCUGAUGGCCAAAGAACUUGGUGAUGUUUCCAAUGCUCGUGACAAGGCCAUGGGUGACCUGCAUAAUGCAAGAAUGGAAAUUGACGUGCUUAAAACAAAACUCACUGACACUGAAAGUAAAUAUCAACUGGAUGUGCAAUUGCUGAAAGCUGCAGUAUCAAAAAAUGAAAAACAAUCUACUGUGGAUAACACGACUGUGGAACAAGAGCUACAUAAGGAGGUUGAAGACCUGAAACUUAGGCUUCAUAUGGCAGCUGAACAUUACAAGGAGAAGUACAAGGAAUGUCAGAAACUACAAAAGCAAGUCGUCAGACUCUCAGAACAGUUGGAAGAGAAGAAAAAUGAAACUGCUUCCAAUAAGCAAAGUGAUGAUGGGACAAAUACUGAAUUACCUCCAGGGACUGCAGAAGAUUUGUUUCACAACACUCUUUCAGCCAGUCCAGCUCUGUUCUUUCAUUCGCUUGAAGUCUUGGGGCAAACACAGAUGAGCAAAAUGAAUAAUGAAAUAGCUGACAAAACUGAGAAGUCCAAGAAAUGCAAACCGAUUUUGUCUGAAGAAAGUGAUAGAAGCCAUGCUUUUGCUGAAGAAUUGGCUCAAGUGCAACAGAAAUGGAACGAACAUUUACAAAUAAAUAAUGAUCUAAACCAAGAAGUUGCAGAGGAAGUUCAUUACAAGGUUCUACUUUCAAAGAAGGAACAGGAAGUAAAGGAACUUAAAGCAAAUGUGGCAGACCUUGUCGAAGCAAAGGAAAUGCUCGAAGAGCUAAAUAGGGAACUUUCAAAGGAAGUAAACACACAAGGUAGUGGACCAGUUCAUGAACAUGAAGACCCAAUCACGCAAAACUCCCAAUCCCUGGGAGCACAAAAGGUACUACAAUAUCCAAAUCCGUAUUCUUCAGAGACUCUGCUGGUACCCAUGAAGCAACCUGGGCUGCAGUUUGGAAAUCCUUAUGCUGAGCCGGGAAGAGAUGGAGAGGAUGGAGCACUUUAUCCUGAUGAGAUUCGCAGAGUACCUCUGGGCAUCUCCACAUGGGGCCUGGACAGUAAUGUGGUCUGCAGUCAACCUUCUCGCAACUUCAAUCGGCCAGAUGGACUUGAAGACCCCGAUGAUCUUAUUACUGAUGAAGAUGUUAAUGUUUCACCAGUUGAUGUUUCUGAUCCUCAAAGUUUCCUAUUACAAGAAAGAGGAUCUCACUUCUGCUUCCAAUCAAGCUUUGAUCUUCAUAAGAAGUGUCCACUUUGUGAUUUGGUGUUUCCACCCAAUUAUGAUCAGAGCAAAUUUGAAGAGCAUGUUGAAAGUCACUGGAAGGUGUGUCCCAUGUGCAAUGAGCAAUUUUCUCCAGAUUGUGACCAACAGAUAUUCGAGAAACAUGUCCUGAUGCAUUUUCCUGAAAAUGUCCAGAGCUUUGAUUAAAUUAUGAAGCCCAUUUAAUUUUUUUGAUUCGUAAUGAAGACUGGUUACAUUGGGAUUAAUGUUAAUUUAGCUACCACACUAUAUUGCUAUCACUCAAAGGGCACCAUAUUACUGGGUUAAAGAGGUAGUCUGCUAUAUUUUUUAAAUCUUUGAUUUCAUAUAUAAAGCAUAGCAUAUAUAAGAAGUUGCAUAAAGUGAUUAUGAAACCAUAAGUCAUCAAUGUAAUAUCACAAAUAUGCAGUUGCAGUAGAAAACAACAAUGUAUCUAAUAUAAGCACUUUACUUGUAAUACAGUCAGUCAUCUGCAGUGGAUUCUAAUUUAAAUUGGUUGCAGUUUAAGUUUUGAGACAUGUAGAGCACAUUUUCUGCAUAUAAACUUAAAAAUUAUCUUGUUGCUUAUUCAUAGUAAACUGUAUAGGCUCUUUAGAACUUGUGAUUCCUUGUAGAUAUCAAGCUUUUCAUUUGAAAUUGUAUUACAAGUCGAUCUGUUUAAGCAUGGCUGAAAUCUGUUUUGUUCCUAUUCCAGCUUCAUAAAACAUAAGAAAUUAAAAUAUUUAUGGACAGUGUACCAAACUGAUGUACAAAACUCUGGAAAACAUUAGAUUUCCACUAAGAUGUUUAAAUAUGUCCUGCAAUGUGAACCCAAUCUGUAAUAACUUUUGCUUUCUAUGUAAAUGCUUAUAUUUACUGAAUAUUUUUGUUUGACGAGAAUUUAGUUAAGUUUUCUCACUGGUGAUGAUGUGUCUUGCUUUCUGUUGUUGUGGAAUUUUUGUUCGCAAUAAAGAUCUAGGUUGACCUCA